CACAGAGUGCCUGUGAUAAUAGACUCUUUAUUCCUUCCCUCAUAACUUACAUUUGUUCACAACGAUGGCUGUCUUCUCUUGCUUUCUUCCUCUCUGUUCUCAGAUUCUUUGUCUUGCACUCGUGUUGUUUUCCACUAAUAUUGCAUCUCAAUCACAACAGGCCAAUGGAACAAACACAAACUUUUCAUGCCCAGCUGAUUCACCUCCUUCAUGUGAAACCUAUGUAACAUACAUUGCUCAGUCUCCAAAUUUUUUGAGUCUGACCAGCAUAUCUAAUUUAUUUGACACCAGUCCUUUAUCCAUUGCAAGAGCCAGUAACUUGGACCCUGAUAAUAACAAGCUGAUACCCGACCAAAUUUUGCUGAUACCAGUAACUUGUGGUUGCACUGGAAACCGCUCUUUCGCCAAUAUCUCCUACGAGAUCAACCAAGGUGAUACCUUCUCCUUUCUUUCAACCACUUCAUAUGAGAAUCUCACGAAUUGGCAUGUAGUGGACGACUUAAACCCCGAUCUAAAUCCAAAUAUGUUGCCAAUAGGCAUCCAAGUAGUAUUUCCUUUAUUCUGCAAGUGCCCUUCGAAGAACCAGUUGGACAAAGGGAUAAAGUACCUGAUUACUUACGUGUGGCAGCCCAGUGACAAUGUUUCCCUUGUAAGUGACAAGUUUGAUGCAUCACCAGAGGACAUAUUGAGUGAAAACAACUAUGGUCAAAACUUGACUGCUGCAAACAACCUUCCAGUUUUGAUCCCAGUGACACGCUUGCCAGUUCUUGCUCGAUCUCCUUCAGAUGGAAGAAAAGGCAGAAAUCAUCUUCCGGUUAUAAUCGGUAUUAGCCUGGGAUGCACAUUGCUGGUUGUCGUUUCAAUGCUAUUACUGGUGUAUGUAUAUUGUCUUAAAAUGAAGAGUUUGAAUAGGAGUGCUUCAUCAGCUGAAACUGCAGAUAGGCUACUUUCUGGAGUUUCUGGCUAUGUAAGUAAGCCUACAGUGUAUGAAACUAAUGUGAUCAUGGAAGGUACUAUGAACCUCAGUGAGCAGUGCAAGAUUGGGGAAUCAGUGUACAAGGCAAACAUAGAGGGUAAGGUUUUAGCUAUAAAAAGAUUCAAGGAAGAUGUGGUGGAGCAGCUGAAAAUUCUGCAGAAGGUGAAUCAUGGAAAUCUGGUGAAGUUAAUGGGUGUCUCAUCAGACAAUGAUGGGAAUUGUUUUGUGGUUUAUGAAUAUGCUGAAAAUGGGUCUCUUGAUGAGUGGCUAUUCUCCAAGUCUUCUUCAGAAACAUCAAACUCAAUGGCCUCCCUUACAUGGUGUCAGAGGAUAAGCAUAGCAGUGGAUGUUGCAAUGGGUCUGCAGUACAUGCAUGAACAUGCUUAUCCAAGAAUUGUCCACAGGGACAUUACAAGCAGCAAUAUCCUUCUUGACUCAAACUUUAAGGCCAAGAUAGCAAAUUUCUCCAUGGCCAGAACUUUUACCAACCCCAUGAUGACAAAAAUAGAUGUCUUUGCAUUUGGGGUGGUUCUGAUAGAGUUGCUUACUGGCAGGAAAGCAAUAACAACCAAAGAAAAUGGUGAGGUGGUUAUGCUGUGGAAGGACAUAUGGAAGAUCUUUGAUCAAGAAGAGGAUAGAGAGGAGAGGUUAAGGAGAUGGAUGGAUCCUAAGUUAGAGAGCUAUUAUCCUAUAGAUUAUGCUCUCAGCUUGGCCUCCUUGGCUGUGAAUUGUACAUCAGAUAAGUCUUUGUCUAGACCAACCAUUGCAGAAAUUGUGCUUAGCCUCUCCCUUCUCACUCAACCAUCUCCGGCGACAUUAGAGAGAUCGUUGACUUCUUCUGGAUUAGAUGUAGAUGCUACUCAAAUUGUCACUUCCGUAGUGGCUCGUUGAUUGAGUGAAGGCAAUUUAGUUUCUCAAAUUCAAGAUGGUAUUUUGUUUACACGAUGACGAGUGAGCUUGGUUUAGGGGAGUGCUCAAAAUUUGGAUUUUCCAUCCGUGUUAUUCUUUAGCUUGAGGUAGAGUUGGCAAAAUGAAUAGCAAUUGCAAUUCACCUCAGACUAAAUUUGCUUAUUUCUCUGUAUUUCUUUUGGUAUGACAAUUGAAACUGAAUCAAAUGAUGGAUUGUCUGUUACAUUUACAAACAAAUUCA